UGUAAAUUCCUAACGCUUUUGCUUCACAUAAAAAUGGCAUUAAAAUUUUUCAUCUUUUUUUGUUUUGUAAUCGUCUUAUUCCAUGUAACUUUUUUCAUCAAAUCUAAAUAUUUUUCCGCACAAUUUUGUUUAACAUUCGGCUGUUAUUCUUAUCUUGAUUGUAACGAUGUUCAAUUCAUGAAUCCAAUACGUAUUUUGGCUAGAGGAACGGUUAAAAAUAUCUGGCUAAUCGAAUGGAAUCAUCAACCAUUGGUUAUGUCAACGUUAACAAUAAAUGAUUUCAAAGAAGAUUUUCAAGCAAACAUUGAAAACCUAAUAAAAUUUCGAAGUGAAAAUUAUCGUUUCAUUAUCGAAUUGCUUGGUGUAUGUGGAAAUUCAAUAUUCACUCCAUACUAUUUAUAUGGUGAUAUGAACAAUUUGCGUGAGAUUUUAAAUGCACAAAAUUCCAAUUUUGCCAAUCGUUUAUCAUAUUGUAUAAGAUAUGUUGAAAUUUUACAUUUUUUACAUCAGAAUUAUAUGGUUAUGUGUGAUUCAAAUGAUCUGACUAAAACAUUAUCACAAUAUUUAAUAACAAAUGAUGACCGUUUGAUUAUCAUUAAUGAUAUGGAUGCUUUGCCACAAACUAUUAAUGGAUCAAUCAAAUGUGGACAUCGACCUAUUUUCGGAGAAUUCUCAGCACCCGAACAACGAUAUCCAAACAAUGAAGGUUAUGAUCAUAAAACUGAUAUUUGGAAAGUGCCCGAUGUUUGCCAUUGGAUUAUUAAUGAUGGUAGAAAUUCUAAAAGCAUAUCUUUUCAGCUACGAUUACUUGAUUGGAUUCAUCAAAAAUGUAAAUCUUUGAAACCCGACAAACGUCCCGAAACAAUUGAAAUUGUAAAAUUUUAUAAACUAAUUUUCUCAAUGUUAAAUAAAUAAAAAAAAUUCUUGAAAAAAAAUU